AUGAAGGAUUUUGUACAGUACAUACUAAUAAUCAUUUUAGGUGUGGAAGUCGUUACAGCAAGUUUAGGAAAUGGAUUCAUAAUACUGGUGAACAUCUUGAACUGGGACAAGAGAAGAAAGAUCUCAUCAGUGGAUAAGAUCUUCACUGCUCUGGCCAUCUCCAGACUUGUUUUUGUGUGGUUACUAGGCAUAGUUUUUUUGAUAUAUGAGCUGUACCCAUCUUUAGUGAUAACUGGAAAAAUGCUGAGAUUAAUUAAUUUUUCCUGGACAAUAGUCAAUCAUUUCACCAUCUGGCUUGCUACAUGUCUCAGCAUAUUUUACUUCCUCAAGAUAGCCAACUUCUCAAAUUCUAUAUUUCUUUCUCUGAAGCGGAGAGUAAGAAAAGUUGUUUUGGCGACACUGCUUGUGUCUCUUCUCUUCUUAUUUGUAAAUAUCAUAGUGAUAAACACAUUUAUUGUUAUAUGGAUUGAUGGAUCGAAAGCAAAUAUAUCCUACAGUUUUAAUUCAAAUUACUAUAUAACUUUUUCUAGGUUUCCUUUACUCACCAACACUAUUUUCACAUUCAUACCCUUCAUUGUGUCCCUAACAACUUUUCUCCUGCUCAUCUUCUCUCUGUGGAGACAUCUGAAGAACAUGCAGCAAACUUCCAAAGCCUCCAGAGAUCCCAGCACCACAGCUCACAUAAAGGCCCUUCAAAUGGUGGUCCUCUUCCUGUUCCUAUAUACUAUUUUCUUUCUGGCACUUGUUAUGGAGUCUUGUGAAAAUGAGAUUCAGCAUAAAAAUUUGUUCAAUUUGUUCUUUGAGGACACAGCACUUGCUUUUCCCUCAGGCCACCCCUUUGUCCUAAUUCUGGGAAACACUAAGCUCAGACAGGCUUUUCUGUCCGUGAUGCAGUGGGUGAGGUACAAGCUCAAUGCUGAAGAGCCUCCAGGUCCUUAG